CAAGGCUGGGAAAGGAAGAAACUGCAUCUGCUGUUGGCUUGCACCUUUUAAAUGCUGAGGCCUAAAUUCUGCCAGGGAAUCUGGCCUGGGAAAGUCUGUGGAAAACAUUAGUAUUAAUACAGCUGUUCUUUUCUGUGCUCUCAUUGCAUUACACCAACAUCAUGCAAAUCAGAAAAGUACACAUGCUCCUUGUGAUACUGAUGGCUGGGAUCAUUGUAUACUUCGGCAUACCACACAUCAUCCAGACCUCAUGCCAGCUCGCAGGACAAGCUGAUCUGGAUGAGACCUUCUCGGUGCUUCCACGAAUGUCAUAUCCUCAGCCAUUUGUGGACAAGCCUCAAAGAACUGACGUCUUGCUGAUGUCCCCAUGGCUGGCUCCCAUCGUGUGGGAAGGCACCUUCAACAGAGACAUCCUGAACGCCCAGUACAGACAGAAAAAUCUCAUCGUUGGGGUGGCCACGUUUGCAGUUAAAAAAUAUGUCCGGUUCACAGAAGGGUUUCUUAGCUCUGCAAACAAAUUCUUCCUCUCUGGGCACAGGGUCAACUUCUAUAUCUUCACUGACCAUCCAGAGAAAAUCCCAUUGAUGAAGCUGGCCCCUGAGAAGCGUCUCUUCAUCAUCCCUAUCCAGAACUACUCACGGUGGCAGGACAUCUCCAUGAACCGAAUGGACAUCAUCAGCAGCCAUAUCCACAGCCACUGGCGCUACGAAGUAGACUAUCUUUACUCCAUGGACAUUGAUGUCCAGCUAUUCGAGCACAUUGGGGUGGAGAUCAUUGACACGCUUGUGGGGACCAUCAGCUCCUGGCAAUACACCAAACCCCGGGAGAACAACUCAUAUGAGAGGCGGCCGGAGUCACAAGCCACCAUCCCCAGCGGGGAAGGGGAUUUCUACUAUGCAGCCAGCUUCUACGGCGGGAGUGUGUCUGAGGUCUACAAGUUGACCACAGCUUGCUUCAAAGGGGUCACGGAGGACAGAGCCAAUGGCAUUGAAGCCAAGUGGCACGAGGAAAGCCACCUGAAUAAAUACCUCCUGUACCACAAGCCCACACGUCUACUGUCCCCAGAAUACUACUGGGAUGAGGAGCUGAUCAGACCUCACAUUGUCAAGGUUAAGAGGUUGUCCUCGGUGCGCAAGGAUCUGAAAGAAGUCAGGUUCUGAAGGAAGGAAGGGAAAGAGAUGGAUAUAUGGAUGGAUGGAUGGAUGCUGUGACACAUAUGGCAAUCUCCUCCAAUGCCCUUGAAAAAAGUCUCAUUGAAUGAUGUUUAAGUAUCUUUGGAUUGUGUUGUAUUAAAUGCAAAGGCCAUGUGACUUCCAGGAGCCAAUAGAGGGAUGGUGGCUGCAUAGCUUUACAGCUCCCUUCCCCACCUCCAAAAAUUCACAGCCAUCCGCAGUUGAAUCAUUUGUUUCUUUGUGGGUUUUUUUCAUCAUAUUAGACAUUAUUCUGGAACUCUUUUCUUUUAAUUUGAUAACAUUAUGUAUGCCCCAUCAUUGCUGGCUUUUCCACAAAAUCCGAACAAAACAGAAAACAUUCCUACAGUCAAGAUGGCCGAUAAGGGAGAGGUUUCCCCUCUGAGACUAGAUGAAAUUAUGGACUGGCUAAAACAAAUCUCAAAAGAGCAGAUUAUCCUGAGGGGGAAAAAAUAGAAAGACGAUGGUUGCGUGGUAGUAUAGAUUCCAGAUGCCUAGCGCUAUCCCUCUUUGCUCCCGGUGCUAAGUGACGGAGGUAGAGACAGCUUAGCUGCCAUUGUGUUUCUACCUCAAACCUUCUUUUUCUAUGGUUUAUAUGCUUCAGCACAUUCUUAACUUUAAUCGUAUGAGUGGCCUCAUGGCAGAUUUACAGGUAAACUCAUGCUUAAAUCCCUGUUGGAUAUGGGUUAGAGAUAUGGAUAGGGUUUAAGACUAACACCAAACUGGUGUCAGACUUUGACGCUGUCUCUGUUUCUCUCCUUUCUCAGUCAAAUAAAGCCCUACAACUGGUGCAUGGGAAUUAUUCUCCCCUUCGGGGGUCUGGAUUAUUAACCUAAAGUAGCAAGUUUAUCUCAAAGCCAUAAUCUCCAGACUUUCUUCUCCAGACUCACCAGUCCAUUAUGUCCCUUCAUUGCCAAUAUCUCCCUCCUGGAGGUCCUGUUCAUGAGCGUGGUCAUCCCCAAGAUGUUGACCAACAUGGUGAACAGUCGGAAGACCAGUUACUUCCCUAGUUUCCAUGUCCAGGACUACUUCUACUUCCUGGUGGGCUCCGUGGUGUUCUUCCUAUUUGUUGUCAUGUCUCUUGUGUGACCAUCUGAUACCUGCUUCAGUACGCCACCAUAGUUAGCACUUGUAUCUCCCUCUGGGUGGUGGCUGCCUCACGGCGAGGAAUAACAUUUGCAAAAGGACAUAAAUGACUUAGAAAUCAAGGUCCCAUUUUCAAAAGUGCUCUAGUCACUCAGGCCAGAUUUUAAAGGUAUUUAGGUACUGUGUGGGAUUUUCUAAAAUAUCUAGGCACCUAACACCCAUUUAAUUAAAUGGGUGUUAAGCACCAAGGUGUGUUAGAUAAUACCCCCUAAGAAUCCAAAUACCUUUAAAAAACUGGUCAUAUUAUAUGUAUCAAAGUCAUUUUUGAAAAUGAGAUUUAGGUACCUAAAUCACUUGGGGGUUUGAUAAUUUUACCCAAUGGCAGUAAAUGUUGGAGAAUCCCGUGUGUGGGUGUGGGUGUGUGUUUAUAUGAGCGCAAGAGAGAGAUAGGAUGUAUAGCCAGGUUUAUUCUCGGAAAGCUUUGUUGAUAUAGCAUUACAAACAAAUUCUCCUAGUCUAAAUGUACUAUUACAUUUGGUCAUGUAGCUUGCACUGGGUCUCUGAGAGAAACAAGCCACACUGCUGAAGAAUUUUUAAACUGGUUUAGCCUUUACCGGUAUAGUAAUGUAGUAAAUAAAUCACACUUCCUAACUGACAUGGCUAUGAUGUUGAAAGGUUCUAGUGUAGAUCUGGUUUAUUUGUUUCUUUUUGUGAUCUGACAUUAUAAGUGCAUGUUUCUGAGAUGUUUCAGAGUAGCAGUCGUGUUAGUCUAUAUUCGCAAAAAGAAAAGAAGUACUUG